CCAGCCGCACUCCAGUCCGCGUGGCGCGCGGGUCGCUGUCCCAGCCGUGCGCUCCCUGGUCGCGCCGUCGGAGCUGGGCUCGCAGCCUCUCGCGGCCUGACACCGCCUCCAGCGUCCCGCAACUGGCUGUCGAGGGCCAGCGGCUCGCGAGCGCGGGAUCAGGGAGGACCAGGGUGGGCGCCGUCCAGCCCGGGGCGCGGGCACAGCUAGCGAGGGGCGAGGCGCGGGGACGCCGGGGUGGCUGCGAUGGUGGCCACGUGCCUGCAGGUUGUGGGCUUCGUCACGAGCUUCGUGGGUUGGAUCGGGAUCAUCGUCACCACGUCCACCAAUGACUGGGUGGUGACUUGCGGCUACACCAUCCCGACGUGCCGCAAGCUGGACGAGCUGGGCUCCAAGGGGCUGUGGGCGGACUGCGUCAUGGCCACGGGGCUGUACCACUGCAAGCCCCUGGUGGACAUCCUCAUCCUGCCGGGUUACGUGCAGGCCUGCCGAGCCCUGAUGAUUGCAGCUUCAGUCCUGGGCCUGCCGGCCAUUCUCCUGCUGCUGACAGUUCUCCCCUGCAUCCGCAUGGGCCACGAGCCUGGCGUGGCCAAGUACAGGCGGGCCCAGCUGGCUGGGGUUCUGCUCAUUCUGCUGGCUCUCUGCGCCAUUGUUGCCACCAUCUGGUUCCCUGUGUGCGCCCACCGCGAGACCACCAUCGUGAGCUUUGGCUACUCCCUGUACGCCGGCUGGAUUGGUGCCAUUCUCUGCCUUGUGGGUGGCUCUGUCAUCCUCUGCUGCUCUGGAGAUGCGCAGGCCUUUGGUGAAAACCGUUUCUACUACUCUUCGGGCUCCAGCUCCCCCACUCACGCCAAGAGUGCCCACGUAUAAGAGAGCUGCCGGCCUGCCCACGGAGGUGCUGUAGAUGCUGGGCCCAGGGCCCUAGGUUUGCUCAGCACAGAUGGGAGAAGCCCAUUCCUCUGUCAGGCUCCGAAGCCAAAGGUCUAGAAAAGCAUCCUGUCUGGCAUUUUGUAGUCUUAACACCCCUCUCCCAUUUUGUUGCCUUAAAAAUAAAUCUUUAGCUCAGAUAAUGCCCACACGGUUUUCUCAUGGUUUUGCCCACUGUUAGCUCUUGGGCAUUCUUUUGUUGCCCAUAAAAACUACACCUCUAUGUAUUUUUUCUCUCUCUCUUUAAAUUUCAAAUAUCUUGCAAACAUUGCUGAGUUGGGUAUGGGGGAGAGAAAUAAAAGACACUUUUCAAACUGUUGUUACAGAUGACACUGGGAGCCUCAUAAAGGUGCCUCUCUGUUCCCUGCCUCCUCUUCAGCUCCGAGGUCACUUAGUCAUAAGCUAGAAAAAGAUAGAAUUGGGGACAUGGGGUGGGGGAGGGAAGGGAGUCGUGGAACUUUCCCUCCAGGGGAAAGUUUCCCUUUUGUAAGUUGAGGGCAAAGGGUGGGGAUUUUUUUUUUUUUUUUUAGUUUGUGAUUUUACAUUUAUCUGUACAUAUUUUUUCAAGAUUGAUCAUUUUUAUAACCACGGUUUUCCUGAAAUUCUCAGCUCAGUAUGAAGGAAAUGAACCAAAUAGACUUUCAUUAUAUGAUACAUAACAGCACACGUAAGUAUAACUCUAACUGGCAUUCCACAAAAUGUUUUUGAUUUCUAGUUUGUCUGAUGUACUUUUUAAUUCUACACAUGCAUAUACUUCAACUUAACACAUUUUAAAAGCUAUUUUGCCCUGUCUCUGUUUUCACUGUUAGCCAUCUGGAAGUGAUUAUUGUUUAACAUAAAUUGUACUGUCGAAUUUGGCUUUACGGGUGUAAACACUGACGGCGAAUCAGUAUCUGAGACCCCAGACUCUCCACACACUCAUGGUGCAUUUUGUUCUUCAAGUGAAAUCUGUGCAAUAAAAUAACAGACUGUCUGCAAAA